AGAAAUUUCCUCCCAAAAGAAAGAAAGAAAAAAAAAAAAACAAAAACAAAGAGAAAGAAGAAAUGGAGGGACAGCAAUCAUGGAAGCCAAGGUUGUCGUUCAGGAACGCCACCAUUGUGUUGUGUUUGGUGAAUGUGAUCUCCGUCCUUCUCUUGCUUCAGGGCUUUCUCUCCUCUGCUUCUUCUCGUUCCAAAAUUUCCACCUCUCAACUCACUUCAGCUCAACUCAGAUACAUCAAGGAAUCUGAAGAGAUUCGGCUUGCGAUGCAACCUUUGGAACUGAUAAAAAGGGUAAAGGAGAUUCAACAAGAGGCAUAUGUAGAACCAGAAACAGUCAAAGUGAAGGACACAAAACAAACUGCGGCAGCUGAUCUUUCUAAAAGAUUAAAGGAUUUGCGUUCUUUUAAUGAUGCAAAUAGCUUGAAAGCUCUGGAGGAGUGGCGUAAACGGAAGAUGGAACGAGCUAGGCUGCGCCAACUAGAGAAAAAUGAAACACUCGCAUCUCAAGCUUGACAGAAUGUCAUAUAGAAGUUUACGGCUGGGUUGAUUCUCCAAGUUAGAUCCUUAAAAUGAAGGAGCUCCAAGUUAUCUGAAACCUUUUCUUUUCCCUUCCUUUUAUACGUGUAUAUAACAGAAUAGUGACUUGAACAGAGUCCAUGUAACAUCUGAGAAUGCUUUUCUCUAAUAACUAAAGCUAGUACUUUGAAUACAAGUUCUAUUUUUUUAUUUUUUUAAUUAUCAUUUGGAUUAAAAUAA